AACGGUACUAGACGGUCGGUUAACAAAACUAAAGUAAAAUAAAAAUAAAUUAAAAAAAAUAAUAAAAUGUGAAGAAUAACUGAGAAUAAUAUGAAUAAAUAUAAAAUUCUUCUAAAGAUUUAAUUGGUAUAUAUAUUUAAAAAAAAUUAACCUAAAUAAUAAGACUUAUAAACCAAAGAAUACUAUACGAAUGCAAAUUUAAUAAUUUGAGUUAAAUAUUGAUUUUUUCCAAAUUGCAUUUAAUCCCAGUGGAGUCAUAAUAAAACGAAGCCAACAGCUGUUGCUAAAAAAAAACUAUAUACACUCACGUAAACAUACAUAUGUAAACACUUGUAUAUAAAUAACGGUAAAAUACAACGGGAAUUUGACCUAUAAAAUAAACGAACGAUGGAAAAAACCGAACAAGAAGAAACAUCAGACAUCUUUGAGGAAUGCAAUAAUAUGGAAACAAUUAAAGACGAGAAUGAAGAAUCCCUUCAUGAUCUUAAUUUCCAGGCCCUAAGUGCCACAACUGAUGAAGAAUUGCAAGAUUUUAACAAUUACCAAUCGAAAACCAAUAACAAUCAUCAUGUUGUACCCGUAGGGGUAAUAAUUUGUUUAAUGACCCUCUAUUUGGGUUUGACGAGUGUACAAAAAUGUCUAGUAAGUUGUGUGGAAAAUACCCUCAUGACAGAACAAGAACAGCAGCAGAAAGAAGACAUUUUAAGUUAUUUACAAAAAGCGGAAAAUCUUGAUAAUUCACAAAUUCUCGAAAGACUUUUGGAAUACAAAGAUAUAUGCAAAGAUUUGGAAGUAUUUACCAAGGAUAUUAAGCCUAAUGAAGAGGAGAAAUAUGAGGAAGAUGACGUAGAUGAAAAUCAUUAUAAUGAAGAUGAUACAAAUGAAGUUCUCAAGGUUAUAGAGGUCAGCGGUGUUGGUGAUGUUGAUGGUAGUGAGGAGGAAGAUGCAGACGAAGGCAGUAAUGAAAGUAGUAGUGGGGCCAGUGGUAGUGGAGACUGUGUUAAAGCCUCACGUCGUAAACUUAAAAAAUCAAAAUAUUCUAUUAAGACUACAAAUUCUAAAAAUGGUUUCAAUAAAUACAAUAAAUCGACCAAAGCCAAAUAUCAAAAAAAUCACAAAAAGGAAUUGAAUCUCAAUAAAAAGAACUCUACAGCAGAACCAAUUAUUUAUCUAUUUGCUCUAGUUUUUAUCUAUUUACUUCUAAAGGCUGCCUCGGAUAUUAAUCAGCAUUAUAAAUCGCAAAAUAAAAGCGAUAAACGUUUAAGACGUUGCUCUUUACAAUCCUAUGCCCAAACCCAUCGACCGGAUCGUCGAGCCUCAAAAGCAACAACAGAAUUGGCUUUAAAACAAAAACAACAGCUACAACUACAACGUUUAAAAACAUUAUCCCGCUCCUCCAGUCAAGAACAACAAAAUUAUCAUUAUACUCAUCAUCAUCAACAGCAACAACAUUUAAUGGAUGCAUCACCACAAAAAACUGAACAACAAGUUAUUCAAAGCACUGGCUCACCCGUACGCUCUAAAGUUUACUAUUCAAACAAUUGGCAAUUAUUAAGACAGCAUACCACCACACAAUCUGUGGAUAAUUCCGAUCUAUUGAUUGGAGCUCGUGGUAAUGCAGAAAUACAUGCUACAAUGAUGGCCAGACGUUGUUCAGUGCCAGCUGCCCUUAACUAUCAAAGGCAAAAGUUAUCCACCAAUGUUUCACCACUAAGUAUUGUUAAUGAUCAUGUUAAUGUAUCCCUAAGUAGACGUACCUCUAUAACAUCAUCCUUACCUUUAGCUACAAUGGAUCCCAUAGAUAGUUUGGCACCAGAAACCAAGCGUAGAGUACGUAUGAUAAAUAGACAUUAGGUGGGGUUGUGUGUGGAGAAGGAAUAUAAAACAUUGAUGUUUAUUUAAUAAAAUAUUGAAUAGAUAUUAAGAAAUCAUUAAAAUUACUCACCUAAGAUAAACUAGAAGAUGUUAAAUGUUAGCUGAACAAAACUAUUACACAUUUUUUUAUGCCACGCAGGGCUUUAUAUGAAUUACACUAAAAAGAUUUGGGACUAAACAAAACUUAAAACACUUUUAUUUAACUAAUGCCCCUUUAACACUUAUUUAACACUUCACUUUUAUUAACACAAACACUUUAAUAAUAAAUUUUCUUUUUAUUACA